GGCAUCUUUUCUCCAAAACGUGUAACCGUCAUCGCCAAAACUCUCCCUUUUUGUUUUUAUUUUGUGUCUCUCGCCAUCGCUUUUUUGCUGCCUUCUUUUUGUCGGUCUUUUCUUGCUUCUUUUUUACUUCUCUAGGACAUCAGGUCUAUAUUCGACAGAAUUAGUUUGCCCAUUCAGCGCCCGCACACCCACCAGCUUCAAGAUCGCGUGUCAACUUCCCAAGCAUCGCCGCACAUUGCCAUAAUACCAUCACCAUCUGCUCGACCAUCUCUGAAUCCUCUACUACCGAAUACACAACUCUGAAAUGUCCUGGGAACCCAAUCAUGGCCGGUCUUCCCGCCUCCAGAACAGAUACAUACUGGGCUACUUUCCCCUCAUACAAAUAGUAGUUCUACUCUUCGAAAUGGCCUUUGCAGCUAGGCUUGCCGCGCGCUUCAACGCCUCUUACGAGGAACGACCGAUCCUCACUAUGAUGGUCACCAACGCUAUCCUCGGUGGCAUGGCAGACACAGUCGCCCAAACAAUCACCGCCGUCCGCCACCGCUCCGGCUCCCGCGCCGGCGCUACCUCCAAGAAGGAGGACUUUGAUAUUGAAAUCACCGAUCUCGACGAAAAGACAUCCCACUACGACACCCCCUCCUCCUCGCCCCGCGUCCCUCCUCCUUUUGACUUUGAGCGCCUCACGCGCUUCAUGGGCUACGGUUUCUGCAUUGCCCCCGUGCAGUUCAAGUGGUUCAAGUUUCUCGAGUAUGCGUUCCCCAUGUCCAAGACGAGCGCCUUUGGCCCAGCCCUCAAGCGCGUGGCCAUGGACCAGUUUGUCUUUGCGCCGUUUGGUAUUGCGCUCUUCUUUACCGCCAUGACUGUCGCUGAGGGCGGCGGCCGUCGCGCAGUCAGCAAUAAGCUGCGCGAUAUGUAUAUCCCUACGCUCAAGGCCAACUUUGUCGUCUGGCCCGCCGUGCAGGUCAUCAACUUUCGCUUGAUGCCCGUGCAGUUCCAACUGCCGUUUGUGUCCACUGUCGGUAUUGCAUGGACAGCGUACCUCUCGCUCAGCAACUCCUCCGACUAAAAAUACCUUGUAUACUGAUAUAAAGAUUCAUUUUCUACAGCACUGCCUGGUUAGGGCAUACAUAGCGUUUGUAUUCUGUAUCUUGGUUUCACACUUGGGAGGGUUCUGUAUUUGUUUAUAGUUUAAUUGGUUCUGCUGCAAACACGAUGGACAGCGGUCCUCCGGCGUUUCGGUCUACUUCUUAUUAUCACUUAUUUAGCAAUUCAUUCGCAUUUCUUACGUUUUUAUAUACGUAUCAAUCGUUUAGUCUGCCCCAGGAAGUGCCUUCAUCAUCGACAUGUGCUCCUCGCCAAAGAUGUGAACGACUCGGACGUCCUUGAACCCAGCAGACCGAUAUAGUGGCAUCCCCGCCGGCGUAGCAAUGAGAUAGCAAUCACAUCCAUCGGCAAAUGCCCUAUCCAUGCCGUCCUUUAACAACCUCUUCCCGAUGCCUUUGCCCUGCUGCUCUGGCCGCACUCCCAGCGAAUCAAGGGCUACAACACACAUUAGUUAGUUUGUAACAAACACACAUUUCUCAUGAAACAAACAUACUCCACAGCUUUCUUGGAAGAUUCAAACUAUUUGUAUCUUCUUCGUCCUGCAUCAUGGCCUGCUUCAGCUGCGCCAGAGCAUCCGCGUCGAUCCCCGCUGGUGGUGUUUUGGGCCGCGCGGGGCCUUCGCCCGGCGGUGCGGGCUGUAUCCAAGUUGAAUAGCCUACAACUGCUUCAGUUGUGUCCGAAAUGGUGUCGUCCACAGCCACCAUCAUGAGCGUGUAGGGCGUCCGAAGCCGCGUGGACUUGCGGCUGAUGGACCAGGCCCGGAAGUCAUUCGCGUGAUUUCGUAGGUGUGGUGGGAACAAGUGCCUUGCGAUGGCGUCUGUGGAAGGGUCAAAGGCUUCCAUGGAGACAUCGGUGAUACCGGCCACGUCGGCCUCUGUGGCCAAGCGAACAGUGAUGGUCAUGUUGGUG